CCUCGCCGCGCCAUUCUGCUAGUGACGCGCGGGCGAAGCGCACGCCCCUCGACUCGCGACCCACGCCGCGCCGCCGCGGCCUCUCUCCGCCAUGUUUGACGUCUUCGGCUCCGUCAAGGGGCUCCUCAAGCUCGACUCCGUCUGCAUCGACAACAAUGUCUUCCGACUGCACUACAAGGCCACCGUGAUCGUGCUGAUCGCGUUCUCCCUGCUGGUCACCUCGCGCCAGUACAUCGGCGACCCCAUCGACUGCAUCGUGGACGAGAUCCCGCUCGCCGUCAUGGACACGUACUGCUGGAUCUACUCCACCUUCACCAUCCCCAACCGGCUGGUGGGCAAGGUCGGCAAGGACAUGGUCUCCGCGGGCGUCGUGCCGCACGUCGAGGGCCAGGACGAGGUCAAGUACCACAAGUACUACCAGUGGGUGUGUUUCGUGUUGUUUUUCCAAGCGAUCCUCUUCUAUGUGCCGCGAUACCUGUGGAAGACGUGGGAAGGAGGACGCAUCAAGAUGCUGGUUCUGGACCUCAACUGCCCCGUAGUGGGCGAGGGCUGCAAGUCGGACCGCAAGAAGCUGCUCGUCGACUACUUCCACUCCAACCUACACACCCAAAACUUCUACGCGUUCCGCUUCUUCAUCUGUGAAGUGCUCAACUUCAUCAACGUCGUCGGACAAAUCUACUUCAUGGACUUCUUCCUGGACGGCGAGUUCUCAACGUACGGCAGCGACGUGGUGCGCUUCACCGAGAUGGAGCCGGAGGAGCGCGAGGACCCGAUGUCGCGGGUGUUCCCCAAGGUGACCAAGUGCACCUUCCACAAGUACGGUCCCUCCGGAACGGUGCAGAAGUUCGACGGCCUGUGCGUGCUGCCGCUCAACAUCGUGAACGAGAAGAUCUACGUGUUCCUGUGGUUCUGGUUCAUCAUCCUGUCGAUCCUGAGCGGCAUCUCGCUGCUGUACCGCGUGGCGGUGGUGGCGGGCCCGCGCGUGCGCCUGUACCUGCUGCGUGCGCGCUCGCGCCUGGCGCCGCAGGACCAGGUGGAGGCCGUCGCCCGCAAGCUGCAGAUCGGGGACUGGUUCGUGCUGUACCAGCUCGGCAAGAACAUCGACCCUCUCAUCUACAAGGAGCUCAUGGGAGAACUGGCGGAGAAGUUCGAAGGGAAGGAUACUGUUUAGUUUGCCAAGUGAACUCUGAGCCGUGCAAGGAGGUGUAUUUAUUAUCUCGGGACCGGUCCGGGCCGGCGCGACGUUGCCGGCUCGCGCUACCUGCCGCAGCGGCUCGCACAAAGAGCGCGAGCGCUGGGAGCGGCUGCACGCCGACAUUCCAUUUAUUUAGUUCUUCGUCGCGGGGAACGACCUCGCCCGAUACACACAUACAUAUUCCAGAACCGCUUUAAUACUUUUAACGCUCAUAUUAUGUAGUCUCAAAACCUCUUCCAAGCGCAACUUUUGACUGAGACGUGCCACUUUGGGCGCGUCGGCAUUUAGCCGUCUUCGGGACAAGUUUACACAUAGUCGUAGAUGUAGGGGAUCCUUGUGCCUUCGUUGUAUUUUAUAUAUUGGUGUGUGAGUUAUGCUGGAUUUAAGAAGGGACGUCUCAAUGUGAUAUAUAAUUAUUGUAAUCUAAAUUUUAGUGUUUAGCGUGUACGAAUGAUCGGAUGGACGGCUGGAUUAAUUGCUAAGUUUUAGUUAGUUUUUAUGAUGUAUUUUAACGUCUUUGUUAUCGAAUUUACUCGAUACGAUAUUGUAUAAAGCAAUAAUGAACUAUUGAUUAGAGAGAACAUUUUUUACGACAAAACUAACGACUCGAUUACGACAAUGACAAUAUUGUAAUUUUUACUGUAUCAAGUCUGCGGCCACUUUUAUUCUGACUUGCGUCAGUCAUGGUUAAUAUUUUCUGAAUAUAUUUACUACCAAGAAGAUUAA